AUGAUACCGGAGGAUCUCAUGCUGCUUCCAGGCACUGUACCUAUCUUCACAAUACGCCAUCCUGCAGCGACAAAAGAAGAGCAGGCUCAGAUGCUCCCAGGAUAUGUUCAACUGCAACAAAGUUUGCUCAAUUCGACGGGACUGUUGCAGGGUAAGGAUAGGAGGAAUGUUGUUAUCGAAGGCGAAAUGCAGAAAUGGCAGGAAGAAUUUGGCGAGGAUAAUGCGAUUCUUGUGAAAGAAUUCGUCAAUGCAUCGAUGCCUCACUAUGAGUAUCUCAAGAGCAGGAAGACGGCGGAGGAGUAA